ACGCUUACCGUGCCCUGGCAUCGCCAUCACUUAUAGCACUUUCCUCGAAGGAUCCAAUUCUGACGGCCUUUGAACUCUCUUGGGAACUCCGUCGACUUUCCUUUCUCGAGCACGAGUUCAAGUGCGAGUAUCAGCAUGAAUUUUCGGCAGGAACUCAGGAGGCAAUGUCAGGACUUCGCUACGGCUUUACUCGACCAUACAAGAAGUUCCUACGAGCUCGAGGUUCUUCUCAAUCAUGAUCCAAAAGGGCCUGCGUUCGAGCACGGCGAGAGAAUGCAUUUGAAUCGUUUGAAAUUGGCUAUAAAACUUAGACAAAAAAAGUUCGUCGCGCAUCCAAACGUGCAGCAGCUAUUAGCAUCGAUUUGGUACGAGGGUCUUCCCGGUUUUCGUAGAAAGAACAUGCUUCUUCAAGCUAUGGAAAUCGUCAGGAUUGGCUUACUCUUUCCACUAUUCAGCGUGGCAUACAUCAUAGCACCUCACAGCAGCAUCGGUCAGACUAUGAGGAAACCAUUCAUCAAGUUCAUCUGUCACUCGGCAUCAUACUUCACUUUUUUAUUUAUGUUAAUUCUAGCAAGUCAGAGGAUAGAAAGCGUAAUCGGUAAUUGGAUUGGGCACAGCGUUGUUGACCACGAUUCUGUAUCAACCAAAAGGGGUGCUGCACCGACUAUCGUCGAGUGGUUCAUAUUGGCCUGGGUCUCUGGAUUGAUAUGGUCGGAGGUGAAACAACUUUGGGACGUGGGUUUAAAGGAAUACGUGAACGAUAUGUGGAACGUGAUAGAUUUUGUGACGAAUUCUUUGUACGUCGCUACGGUAGCCCUCAGAGUAGUCGCUUAUUAUAGGGUACAAAAGGAAAAUGAAGGUCAGCAGCCAGGUUUUCAGACGGAACUGCAGCGUGAACAAUGGGAUACUUGGGAUCCUAUGCUUAUAUCGGAAGGCCUGUUCUCAGCCGCCAACAUAUUUAGUUCUUUAAAACUCGUCUAUAUAUUUUCCGUGAAUCCCCAUCUUGGCCCUCUUCAGGUUUCUUUAUCGAGGAUGGUUAUGGAUAUCAUGAAAUUCUUCUUUCUCUACGUUCUAGUAUUGUUUGCUUUUUCUUGCGGUUUGAAUCAACUCUUAUGGUAUUACGCUGAUAUGGAAAAAAAGAGAUGCCCAACAGCAAUGCAAUAUCCAAUGAACGUUAACAUUACAACAGAUUCGAAUGCUUGCAUCGUUUGGCGACGAUUCGCCAAUUUAUUCGAGACCACUCAAACGCUUUUCUGGGCUGUCUUUGGAUUGGUAGAUCUCGAAAGUUUCGAAUUGGAUGGCAUUAAAGUGUUCACGAGAUUUUGGGGUAUGUUAAUGUUCGGCACCUAUUCGGUAAUCAAUAUCGUCGUUCUUCUAAAUCUUCUAAUCGCCAUGAUGAAUCAUUCCUAUCAGUUAAUUUCCGAACGAGCUGAUGUCGAAUGGAAGUUCGCCAGGAGCAAACUUUGGAUCAGUUAUUUUGAGGAAGGUGGAACAGUUCCACCGCCGUUCAAUAUCAUUCCUACACCAAAGAGCGCUUGGUACGUCGGCUUGUGGAUUUAUCGGAAACUCUGUGGUCAUAGUAGAGCCGCCAAAAAGGAACACAUGCGAACGAUCAGGGUAAAAAUUUGUACUAUAUACCAUAUCGACGUAGGAUCUCUUCAAAGGGAAUCGUCAUUUCGCAUUAUCGAGAGAAAAGCGAAGCAAGCCUCACAGCGUGAUUUUCGUUAUCAAAGUAUAAUGAGAAAUUUGGUUAGGCGAUACGUCACCGUUGAACAACGAAAGGCCGAGAACGAGGGUGUCACCGAGGACGACGUAAACGAGAUAAAACAGGAUAUUAGCGCGUUUCGUUGUGAAAUCAUUGAGAUUCUUAAAAAUUCUGGGAUGAAUACGUCGACGGCAAGUGGUUCCGGAACUGACGGUAGCCUUAAAGAGCUGUCCAUAGGUGCGGGAGGUAAGAAGAACCGGCAGAAGGAACGGCGCUUGAUGAAGGGAUUUAAUAUAGCUCCUCAACCUGGCAGUAGCUCUACACUGUUAGAACCAGUCGCGGAACUAAUUGCCUCUUGGAAGGAGGUAGAACAUGAGAAUUCUCAUCACGAGAUCUUUGGUUCGACGCGAAGCGAGAUAUUUGGUUUAGGUACGAUGCCGAAGAAGACUUUACAUCAUAGUAACGCGUGUAGACAAAGUCGCGGUGCUAGAAGUAGCUCGAAGAAAAAACGUUGGGACACUUUGAUCGAAGCUGCUAAGGCUCACAAAGUUUCGAAGAAAUUCAUCAGUAGAUCUCGUUCCGAGGAUUCAGUUUAUUCACCAGCAUCCGAAGAUGGUGGCUCGAGAUCGGAAGGUUCAACGGAUUCAAAAUCUUCUUUAGAAAUUCAUGGUAGUCAUGAUGUUCACAGUCAUCAAUCCCAUCAACACAGUCAUCAUUCACAUCAUACAGAAAGUCAUCACUCUUUUGGCCGUCUUGGUUUAGUAUCUGCUUUGACGAAAAAACGAAAAAAGUUCUCGGCAUCGAGAGCUUCGACCCCAGCAAUGACCAGCACCAAUUCUAAUCCAAUGGAAAGUACGACGCAGCCUAUAGCUUCGAUUCUUUUAUCUAAAGUUUCGAAAAAACAGUUGCAUCGUGCUAGUAGCGUACCUACAAGAGGUCCGGAACUUGGUUCGCAAACGAUAACACCUCGUAGACACGAAGUCACACAGAGUCAACAGCCGAGUUUGGAUACCGCCGAGAUCGUCAGUGUUAGCGAGCAACAAAGAGUUGUUAGUGCUGUUCCAUUGACACCAUCGACCACGGAGGAGAGCGUUAUUGCUAGCGGAGCGAUUUCAAUGACAGUUAAGACAAAUGGUUCGGCAACGCAACUUCAACGAUUACCUGGCAUCGAGCCGAUCUCUGGACACGACGUAUCAGCUGGUUGGCUCUGAGCACGGCCCCGUCAUCGAUUGGUUCGAUGACGAGCCUCGGCGAUUACACGAUCACGAAUAUCCCAAAUGUCACAAGAGGAAUAUUACGAGUUCGAGCGCGAUAACUCGUACGACGAAGUUGGCGACGAUGAGAAUCAACGAUAAUUCGCGAUUCCGAGGUUCGAUAAUAAUAAGAAGAAAAAGAAGAAAAAAAAAAAAAAGAAAAAAAAAAAAAAGAAGAAACAAAUCUCGUCGCCUUCGGCAGACGCACACAAUGAUGCCUUUUUUUCACGACGACGCGCCUCGCCAAUUAUAUUUACGUGUCGUCGAGAACGCGAAACUCCGAUGAAACAAAAAGAGAAUAAAAAUUCAAAAAAAAAAAAAAAAAAAAAAAAAAAUAAAAAGAAAGAAAGAAAGAAAAAGAAAAUAAAGAGAGAUAAGGAGAUAAAAAUAUUAUCGUCGUCGACCCUUCGAAAAAUACUCUUCCCUUUGAGACGAGUACGACUUCCGGUUAUAAAUACUUUACGAACUUUCAACUAUCGGAUCGAUCCUGUACCAAUGACAACUCGUGAAUUUCAUUCGUCCGUGAGCUCCUUUUUCACAGUGUUCGCGUGGAAAUAGUGUGAUAGUGCGAUAGCGCGAUAGCGUUAUUUAAAAAAAACUCUAAUGUUAGCCGUGCCUACCGCAUCGACCAAAAAUCAUGUGAUAUCAUUUUUUUAUCUCUAUAUAUUUUAUCAUAAUUCACGUCAUCAAUUCUUACAAAUUUUUAUAAUGUUAAUCAUCGUUUACGAAGAAUACCAUUUCGAGGAUUAUUAUUUUUAUUAUAUUAUAUUUAUUUAUUUUUCAAUUUCAUCGUUCUUUCUUCCUUAUUCAUUUAUUUUUUUCUUUUGUUUUUUUUUCUUUUUUUUUUGUUUUCUUUUUGUCUUUUUUUCUUUUUUUUUUUUUUUUUUUUUUUUUUUUUUUUCCUUUUAGAAAUUCCAUAUCGAAAAGAUCGUAGAAAGUUUUUAGGACGUGUCCUGUACAAAUUCUCGAGUCGUUUAGGUGAUAAUUAAAUAAAGAAAUAAAUCAUCGGUAUCCUUAGAAAACCGUCCGUAUUACCAAAGAAUUGUUUUUCCCGAGUAGUCAUUAGGUACAUCCAAUCGUCGGAUAUUUGUUCGAGAUCGAUUUUUUUUUUUUUUUUUAAAUCGCUCGUCUUCUAGAAGUACGAAAUAUAAAAGUAAAACUUAUUAGUAUUACUACUACUAUUACUACUGUUACUACUACUACUACUACUACUACUAUUAU